AUGAUAGCAGGCUCCCACGAGAGAGGAGUGAGUCACAAACUAGACUUCCACUUCCAAUGACAAGAAUAAUGGAUGGUGUUGAGUCCAAUCAUGUUUCAUCAUGUCUUCUCUUCAAUAGAGAGUUGAUGCGUUUGUGUGUGUGUGUGUGUGUGUGUGUGAAGUAUUGUAUGAAAAGCAAAGAUGAUUUAUAGUAGCUUAUUUGCAUGUGCAGUAUGAUCAGAUGGGUUUGUUCUAGUUGAAUGCAGCAGAAGGAACGUUGGGUGUUCUGGAAGAUCUCCUCUCUGCAUGGUGUUCUGAACAGAGCUCAGUGGUUAGUGGGAUGGUCUGGAAGAUCUCUCUGCAUGGUGUUCUGAACAGAGCUCAGUGGUUAGUGGGAUGGUCUGGAAGAUCUCCUCUCUGCAUGGUGUUCUGAACAGAGCUCAGUGGUUAGUGUGAUGGUCUGGAAGAUCUCCUCUCUGCAUGGUGUUCUGAACAGAGCUCAGUGGUUGGUGUGAUGGUCUGGAAGAUCUCCUCUCUGCAUGGUGUUCUGAACAGAGCUCAGUGGUUAGUGUGAUGGUCUGGAAGAUCUCCUCUCUGCAUGGUGUUCUGAACAGAGCUCAGUGGUUAGUGUGAUGGUCUGGAAGAUCUCCUCUCUGCAUGGUGUUCUGAACAGAGCUCAGUGGUUGGUGUGAUGGUCUGGAAGAUCUCCUCUCUGCAUGGUGUUCUGAACAGAGCUCAGUGGUUAGUGUGAUGGUCUGGAAGAUCUCCUCUCUGCAUGGUGUUCUGAACAAAGCUCAGUGGUUAGUGUGAUUGUCUGGAAGAUCAGCAGGUGUUCCAUUUUUAAACUCACAGGUAAACAGACUGGAGACACGUACUGAAAUAGGAAACAGUACUAAUAUUAGCCAGGGUAUCAGUCUGUCUCUGCUUUAGCAAUCUUGUUGUUGUUGUUUGGCAUGGAAAAUAUGGUAGUAUUGAUGAGUGAAAAAUAGUAAUGUACUUAGUGCCCAAGCUAUAUACUGUAGUCUCUUGUUGCCUCCACUGCAGUACUUUUAGGUUAUAUGAAAUAUUGCAGAGGCAAUGUGUUUUAGUUCAUUAAUUAGUCUUUGAGUGUGAACAAAGAUGUGUUUUAAUGUAAAUGUUUUCCACAGCACUAUGCAAACAGUAUGUCAGAGAGAGACAAUGGUGGUCCUGGUCUGGUCUGACGAUGUGCCUGAUAACAAGGCCUCUACUGUCGGCAACAUUUCUCUUACCAUGAGGUAGAUCUCAAUAGUCUCUAACGUGACUUCCUCUCCUCUCCUUCCCUUCAUCUGUACUGAUCUGACUCGGUGAGAUCAGAUCACAGAAAGGAAGAAAUGUGGUGGAUUCCUUUGUGGAAUACUCAUGCGCCUGUCGAGUGCUCUCACAGUGUAGACAAAGGAGAGAAGAUGAGGAGAGGAAGUCACUAUAGACUAUUGAGAUGAGGAGAGGACGCUACUAGACUAUUGAGAUGCAGCCCAUGUUAUCUGAACCAUGGGCGAUAUGAAGCAGGGAGCUUUCAGGUUCAUUCAGGGUUAGCAGACACGGCAGGCAGACGGUGAAGUGAAAAGACUACAGUAACUGCAGUCUUUUCCUUUUAAAGGGAUAGUUCAUCCAACUGUUUACCCAACUGUGAACUAUCCCUUUAACCUAAUGGUGGUCUUACUAUACUACACACAGAUGGUCUGUAGAUGUAACUAGCUGGUGUCUGUUCCCCUCAGAUGGUCUGUAGAUGUAACUAGCUGGUGUCUGUUCCCCUCAGAUGGUCUGUAGAUGUAACUAGCUGGUGUCUGUUCCCCUCAGAUGGUCUGUAUAUGUAACUAGCUGGUGUCUGUUCCCCUCAGAUGGUCUGUAGAUGUAACUAGCUGGUGUCUGUUCCCCUCAGAUGGUCUGUAGAUGUAACUAGCUGGUGUCUGUUUCCCCUCAGAUGGUCUGUAGAUGUAACUAGCUGGUGUCUGUUCCCCUCAGAUGGUCUGUAGAUGUAACUAGCUGGUGUCUGUUCUCCUCAGAUGGUCUGUAGAUGUAACUAGCUGGUGUCUUCCCAUCAUCCCUAGCAAACACAGCUGAUUCAACUAAUUGUGUUCUAAACUGAAGAUCAUGAUUAGUUUAUUAUUGGAGUCAGGUGUGUUAGCUGGGGCUGGGGGAGAAAGUGUGACACCGAUCAGGCCCCCGAGGACUGGAGUUGCCCAUCCCUGGGCUAGAAGACGGUUUUGAAGAAUGUUUUACUUGCAAUGAUUUGACCUACUUUGGUUGAAUGCACUGACUGUAAGUUGCUCUGCAUAAGCUAAAUUACAAAAAUGUAACUGUCACCUCCUCAUUCCAGGGCGCCCUCCUCUGAGCUAUCUGCUCUGAUUGAGAAGCUGCAGAAGAAUGCUGACAAGGUGGAGAAGCUCAUCUAUGAGACGGAGCAGAACCUCAACAAGGUACAGAACCGCAAAGAACCGCAUCACACAGAACCUCAUAGAACCGCUUAGAACAUCAUAAAACCACACAGAACAUGGAUAGAAUCUCAAAGAUCAUCAUAUAACAUUGUAGAACCUCAUUGAACCACAUAGAACCUCAGAACUACAUAGAACCUCAUGCAACAUCAUAGAAUGUCACAGAACCUUCUGAUAGGGUCAUACCUUUAUAAUGCAACAACAACAUCAUAUUGAUGAGUCUGGCAGACUGUUUGCGUCCUCCUAAUUGGCUCUGUCUGGCUCUCGAUGUCUUUGACAACAUCAUAUGAUAACGUUUGACUGCUCUGUGUUGUAUCAGGAUGUGAGUAAGAUCAACGAGGGCAAGCAGCCUCUGUACCAGGACGACACCAACAAGCGCAUCCUGAACUCUCUGGAGCUGCUGCAAGGCCUGGAUGAGGAUGCUGUCGACGCAAAACGCCUGCAGCACCCCCAGGCUGAGAUGAUCGAGCAGGAGUGAGUUAUAUUAUAUAGCAGAUAUACACUAUACUAGAUAUACCUACUGUACCUGCAGCACCGCCAGUCUGAGAUGAUCGAGCAGGAGUGAGUUAUAUUGUAGAUAUACACUACACCAGAUAUACCUACUGUACCUGCAGCACCGCCAGGCUGAGAUGAUAGAGCAGGAGUUAUAUUAUAUAGUAGAUAUACACUAUACUAGAUAUACCUACUGUACCUGCAGCACCGCCAGGCUGAGAUGAUCGAACAGGAGUGAGUUAUAUUAUAUAGCAGAUAUACACUAUACUAGAUAUACCUACUGUACCUGCAGCACCCCCAGGCUGAGAUGAUCGAACAGGAGUGAGUUAUAUUAUAUAGCAGAUAUACACUAUACUAGAUAUACCUACUGUACCUGCAGCACCGCCAGGCUGAGAUGAUCGAACAGGAGUGAGUUAUAUUAUAUAGCAGAUAUACACUAUACUAGAUAUACCUACUGUACCUGCAGCACCGCCAGGCUGAGAUGAUCGAACAGGAGUGAGUUAUAUUAUAUAGCAGAUAUACACUAUACUAGAUAUACCUACUGUACCUGCAGCACCGCCAGGCUGAGAUGAUAGAGCAGGAGUUAUAGUAGAUAUAUACCUACUGUACCUGCAGCACCGCCAGGCUGAGAUGAUAGAGCAGGAGUUAUAUUAUAUAGUAGAUAUGUACCUGCAGCACCGCCAGGCUGAGAUGAUAGAGCAGGAGUUAUAUUAUAUAGUAGAUAUGUACCUGCAGCACCGCCAGGCUGAGAUGAUAGAGCAGGAGUUAUAUUAUAUAGUAGAUAUGUACCUGCAGCACCGCCAGGCUGAGAUGAUAGAGCAGGAGUUAUAUUAUAUAGUAGAUAUGUACCUGCAGCACCGCCAGGCUGAGAUGAUAGAGCAGGAGUUAUAUUAUAUAGUAGAUAUGUACCUGCAGCACCGCCAGGCUGAGAUGAUAGAGCAGGAGUUAUAUUAUAUAGUAGAUAUGUACCUGCAGCACCGCCAGGCUGAGAUGAUAGAGCAGGAGUAAGUCUUAAUAAGCUAAUACACUAGAUAUUGUACCCUCUUCAACUCAACCCUGAUCUCCACUCACUCACUCACUCCACUGUUGAGUUCUAACUAACCCUGUGUUCUAACCCUGUGUUCUAACCCUGUGUUCUAACCCUGUGUUCUAACCCUGUGUUCUCUCCUCCAGUAUGAAGCAGCUGAGAGAGAGACUGAGUAAGCUGAGAGAGGACCAUGACCGCAUCUACCACCUGACCCGCUCUGAGGGCCUGCCGAGCGUCAACUGGGGCAAGAUCAUAGACGAGAAACAGGUGAGGGGAACACGUACACACACGGGCUUGGAUAUGUGUACACACAGUUCACACACACUUUUACGCAGACAAUAACACAAACUUAAUAUCUUUCUUCCGACCAGGUCAACCUGAAGAACAAAGGUUUUGGUCAGGACCUGCCGACCAUAGAGAAUGAGGUGGAGGAACACAACAUCUUUCACAGUGAGGUGGAGGCCCUGGCCCCUCACAUCUCAGCCAGCGACAACAAGGUAGGACUAACAACCAGCUUAGAAACUAACUGAUACAUUGGAUUUAUAUUCACUCAUUUAGUAGUCUAUUAUCCAGUAAGAUAAUCAUUGCUUUAUUUGUAGUACACAUAUCUGACAACGACGACAACAACCGCUCAAAAAGUUACAUUCAUGAUUUUAAAAAACAGGCAUAAAUUGUACUAAAUUAUUGUCAACAAUGACCCAUUCCUCACAAAGCAAACCUUCAUGCAUCACAUUAAAAUGUCGUUAUUUAGUCGAGUCUCUUAUCCAGAGGGACUUUCAAUAACGUAGUUAAAAUAACCAGGCGUCUCAGACAGCGACAACAAGGUAGGACUAACAGCCACUCAGGUCAACUCUGGCCCACUUCAGUUAGAAACUGUUGCAUUUGAAAAAAACUAAGACUGUUUUUACGUUUGAGGUUUCGCUAAAAUACCCGCGUAUAUACAUACAGUGUUACAGAAGUGUAAAGACACAAAUCUAGAAUAAUUUCUGACUUCUCCACACCAUUUCCAGUCAUUCAAUGCGCAUAAUGUCGCAUAGACAUGACGUAUGUUAGUGAGGAUUUUUGUUUCCCCAGUCAAGCUCAGUUUCAUUUAAUAUGCCUGAAAGGAGGGAGUGCACACGGAAAGUUCCAUGCAGUAAUAUUCUCUCUCUAGUUCUCUCAAUUUAAGGGGCUUUAUUGGCAUGGGAAACAUAUGUUAACAUUGUCAAAGCAAGUGAAACAGAUAAUAAACAAAAGUGAAAUAAACAAUUUAAAAAAUAACAGUAAACAUUACACUCUCUCUCUCUCUCUCUCUCUCUCUCUCUCUCUCUCUCUCUCUCUCUCUCUGUCUGUCUGUCUGUCUGUCUGUCUGUCUCUCUCUCUCUCUGUCUCUCUGUCUCUCUCUGUCUCUCUGUCUCUCUCUGUCUCUCUCUGUCUCUCUCUGUCUCUCUCUGUCUCUCUCUGUCUCUCUGUCUCUCUGUCUCUCUCUGUCUCUCUCUGUCUCUCUCUGUCUCUGUCUCUCUCUCUCUCUCUCUCUCUCUCUCUGUCUCUCUCUGUCUCUCUCUGUUUCUCUCUGUCUCUGUCUCUCUCUCUCUCUCUCUCUCUCUAGGACAAUGCCAGUGGCCUCCAGCUGAAUUACAACAAGCUCCUGGUAAGAUUGACUUUAUCUGAAGCAUGGACUCAGGGAGAGCUUGAGGAGUGUAUAUGCAUGUACAGUACUUCUAUGUGCGUUCAGUAUGUCUACAACAGUGUCUGUGUGUACAAAGUGUUGAUGUUUUAUCCACCUACACCCUGGCUCCCCCCCCCUCCUUCCCUUCCUUUGGCCAGAGUGUGUGUGGUCAGUAGUGAUGAAUGUGUGUUUCAUUCACCAUCACCCUUUCCCCCUCUGCUUCCCCUAACCCAGAAUAUUCUCUCUCUAGUAACUAUCUAUCCUGUCCCUCCCCAGGCCAGUUCCAGUGUGUAGGUCUCUAUAGUAACUAUCUAUCCUGUCCCUCCCCAGGCCAGUUCCAGUGUGUAGGUCUCUAUAGUAACUAUCUAUCCUGUCCCUCCCCAGGCCAGUUCCAGUGCUCGACAGCGCCACCUGCUGAGCCUGCGUGACUACAUGCAGCGCUGCACCAAUGAGCUGUACUGGAUGGACCAGCAGGCAGGGGAGAGGAUCAACUAUGACUGGAGCGACACCAACCUGGACUUCCCUGCUCGUCAGAGACAGUAUGAGGUAGAGAGGGACACACAAACACACACACUGUCCUUCACCUGCACUGACAGAGUAAUACAUUCAGGGUGUUAUUUGACACCUGAUCCUACAUGUUAUUUGACACCUGAUCCUACAUGUUAUUUGACACCUGAUCCUACAUGUUAUUUGACACCUGAUCCUACAUGUUAUUUGACACCUGAUCCUACAUGUUAUGUGACACCUGAUCCUACAUGUUAUGUGACACCUGAUCCUACAUGUUCUUUGACACCUGAUCCUACAUGUUACAUGUGUUGGAACGUAAAGAGGGACUUGUAUCUCUUUAAAUCUCCCACCAGAACUUCAUAAGUAAGUGUCUCGAGUCCAAGGAGGCCACUGUCACGCAGCUGAAUGAUGAUGGAGAUAAACUAAUCUCUACCAACCAUCCUGGCAAGAAUGUCAUUGAGGUACACACACACACACACACACAUCUCUACUUACCAUCCUGGGAUGAAUGUUAUGGAGAUACACUUCACUUAUCCCCUGUCAUUCUACUAUUGGGGAAAAUCCUAACUUCCACUUUAGUCUUUUGUUUGCCUAAGUCAUGCAUUGAUGUCAAUGGGAGACUAAGGUAAAACUAGACAUUUUUGUUGAAGUUAGGAUUCGACCCUACUGAGAUUAAAAUCAGCAAAAUGAAUAUGGAUUAAACAGCAAACAGACUAAUGUAACAGACCUCUACUCUACCUCUCAGGCUCACAUGGAGGCAGUGCAUGCUGACUGGAAGGAGUACCUGAACCUGCUCAUCUGUGAAGAGAACCACCUGAAACACAUGGACGAGUACCACAAGGUGAUUAGCAUACUGUAACACAACCCAACCUAACCCUAACUUUAACCCUCAUACCACCUGAAACACAUGGACGAGUACCACAAGGUGAUUAGCAUACUGUAACACUAUAACACAACCCAACCUAACCCUAACUUUAACCCUCAUACCACCUAAAGCACAUGGACGAGUACCAAAAGGUGAUUAGCAUACUGUAACACUAUAACACAACCCAACCUAACCCUAACGUUAACCCUAAUACCACCUGAAACACAUGGAUGAGUACCACAAGGUGAUUAGCAUACUGUAACACAACCCAACCUAACCCUAACUUUAACCCUCAUACCACCUGAAACACAUGGACGAGUACCACAAGGUAUUAGCAUACUGUAACCCAACCCAACCCAACAUAACCUUAACCCUCAUACCACCUGAAACACAUGGACGAGUACCACAAGGUGAUUAGCAUACUGUAACACAACCCAACCUAACCCUAACUUUAACCCUCAUACCACCUGAAACACAUGGACCACUACCACAAGGUGAUUAGCAUACUGUAACACUAUAACACAACCCAACCUAACCCUAACUUUAACCCUCAUACCACCUGAAACACAUGGACCACUACCACAAGGUGAUUAGCAUACUGUAACACUAUAACACAACCCAAACUAACCCUAACUUUAACCCUCAUACCACCUGAAACACAUGGACGAGUACCACAAGGUGAUUAGCAUACUGUAACCCUAUAACCCAACCUAACCCUAACUUUAACCCUCAUACCACCUGAAACACAUGGACCACUACCACCAGGUGAUUCAGAGCAACAAGUAUUCAGAAAGCAUCAGUUUAAGAAAUCCUGAAUGUUUGAACAGGGUCAUUGGAUUUUGAUAGGCCUGUGUACAAAGCAACAGCUUGCGAGUUACAGACUUGGCAUGUCAUGGCAUGUGAACAAAGUUGGUUAAGGCAGAGACCGACUGCCAGCCAGUUUACCUUAGUGUAAAUCAACUCUGAGCAGCUUUCAGUCAUUUGUUACAUCAGUGUUUUUCCUGACUGCGUCUAUUUUCUCUCCAGUUCCACAAAGAGGCCAGGGACACCCAGGAUCUUCUGAAGAGACUGGAAACAGAGGUCAACCAGAAGUACAAACCAGAGUUCAAGGACAUGUACCAGAUGGAGAGCCUCAUCAGAGACCUGGACGUGAGUGGACUUUAUAACUACAAUGUUUUGCUAUGAGUAGGCUUUCUAACUACUUUAGUUUACUGAGAAUGGGCUUUACACUACUGUAGUUUACUAAGAGUGGGCUUUACACUACUGUAGUUUACUAAGAGUGGGCUUUACAUUACUGUAGUUUACUGAGAGUGGGCUUUACACUAUUGUAGUUUACUGAGAGUGGGCUUUACACUACUUUAGUUUACUGAGAGUGGGCUUUACACUACUGUAGUUUACUGAGAGUUGGCUUUACACUACUGUAGUUUACUAAGAGUGGCCUUUACACUACUGUAGUUUACUGAGAGUGGGCUUUACACUACUGUAGUUUACUAAGAGUGGGCUUUACACUACUGUAGUUUACUGAGAGUGGGCUUUACACUACUGUAGUUUACUAAGAGUGGGCUUUACUGGAGUUUACUAAGAGUGGGCUUUACACUACUGUAGUGUACUAAGAGUGGGCUUUACUGUAGUGUACUAAGAGUGGGCUUUACACUACUGUAGUUUACUAAGAGUGGGCUUUACUGUAGUGUACUAAGAGUGGGCUUUACACUACUGUAGUUUACUAAGAGUGGGCUUUACUGUAGUGUACUAAGAGUGGGCUUUACACUACUGUAGUUUACUAAGAGUGGGCUUUACACUACUGUAGUUUACUAAGAGUAGGCUUUACACUACUGUAGUUUACUAAGAGUGGGCUUUACGCUACUGUAGUUUACUACAUGUAUGGGGGACAGAUCUGUUUCUGCUUCAGCCAAACAACGACAAAGCAGUUGGAUAAAGCAGAGACAAUUAUUUCUGGCGUACAGGUCUGUCUGCUUACCAGGCUAGUUUACAAUCUCAAUCAAGAAAAUCUUGAUUUUUACAAAUGUAUUAGCCUUAGUCUUAGAACUAUAAAUCCAAAAUGCUCUUGAAAAAACCCUAACUGUGUUUGUGUGUGUUUGUGUGUGUUUGUGUGUGUUUGUGUGUGUGUGUGUGCAGGACCAGGCGAAGGCCAUGGACCACUUUGAUGAGCGUGUGAUGGCUCUGGAGAAGCGCAGCCUACAGGUUCUCCCUCUCCAGUUCCGUAGGAACACCCCUCAGAAGCUGCUCCCCGUCGAGGCGCUGUGUGAGUUCGACACUGACGAGGUAAACCUGGAUAUACCACCACCCUACUCUAGAUUCAGACUGAUACCUUGCCAACUAUCCUCCUCCACACACACGCUUCUUUGUGUCAAUCAUUCUACGAUUUUGUCUCUUUCCCCUCUCUCCUUCUUCCCUUCUCUCCUUCCUCUCCAUCUCCUCCACUCCCUCCCUUUCUCACUCUCCUUUUCUGUCUCCAGUCAUUCUCUAAUCCCUAUGUGUGGUGUGUUUUUCUGUUAUCAUGACUAAGGCUGUCUGACUGCACCACAUCUUUUCUCUCCUCUUUUCCUCCUUCACUCUCGCUCCUUUAAUUCCAGUCCCCUAAAUGUGGUUUUGUGUAUUUAAAUCCUCUAAGAGGCCAGGCCUGUGCUCUGCAUCUUAUUUAAGCCUUCAGGGGAUCAGCCGCAGGCUGAGGGGGUUUUAGGAGUGGAUUUUGUGAGCUGGAGAGCGAGGUGUGUGUGGUGUGUGUGGUGUGUGUGGUGUGUGUGGUGUGUGUGGUGUGUGUGUGUGUGUGUGUGCCGCAGUCGAGAGAGCUCUUAAGAUUUAGGAACCGGAUCAGACAGUGAGGGGAAACGUGGUGUUGUGUUUAGAUUUGUUUUUGUGACCUGACCGGUAAAAACUGUGAACUCUAGUUUACUAACUAGGGCUUAGUGUUUCCCUGGUCAGGAAAAGCUAAGGGCCUUAUCCAAAGUGGUUCAGUGAGUGAAACACUGUUGUGUUCUAGUUGUCCCAUGCUGAUUUAGUGAGUCAACCUCUAUGCUGUGUUCUGGUUCUUCCAUACCAGAUCAGUCAGUGAAACUCUGUGUAAUGUUGUGGUUGUCCAUCCCAGGGUCAGACCAGUGAUUUAAACUCUGUGUAAUGUUGUGGUUGUCCAUCCCAGGGUCAGAUCAGUGCUUUAAACUCUGUGUAAUGUUGUGGUUGUCCAUCCCAGGGUCAGAUCCUGCGUGGAGAGAGGUACACCCUCCUGAGUAACAAGGGGCCCAAGUGGGAGGUGAAGGACGCGGCCGGGCGUAAACUGACCGCUCCAGGGGCCUGCUUCAUGAUCCCCCCCACAGACCCAGAGUCUGUCUCCAUCUCCAACAAGUGAGUGUGUGUGUGUUAUGGGGGCCGGGUGGAGAGGGGUGUGUGUAUGAGUGUGGUGUGUGUGUGACGGGGUGGGGGGGUGCAAGUGUCUACCUGCUAUGUGCCUGAGAUUGUGUUGUUUCCCAAGACAGUAUACUUGUACACUGUGUAACAGUGUCUUGUGUUUCCAGUCUGGCCACCCAGCAGAAGGGUAUUAAGAUGAAGGUGUCUGGCAGUAAGACCACCCUGGUCAAACGCCUGGAGGAACUGAAGAAAGACGGCACCGCUGGCUCUGGUAGGUACUGUUAUGUCAUGGUAUGUCAUGGUAUGUCAUGGUAUGUUAUGUCAUGUCAUGGCAUGGUAUGUCAUGGUAUGUUAUGUCAUGGUAUGUUAUGUCAUGGUAUGUCAUGUCAUGGUAUGUCAUGGUAUGUCAUGGUAUGUCAUGGUAUGGUAUGUCAUGGUAUGUCCCUGUCUCGACCUCUGAAUGCUCGGCCACCUGACAUUUUCUCCUGUUGCACCCUCUGUAACAGGGGUCUCCAGCCUUUUCUAGCAUGAGCGCUACUUUUUUAAAAUUGAAACGUUGCGAGCUACUGAUUUUUCUUUUUAUAGCUUUUAAAUAGUCACAUUCUUCUCUUCUCCUCGACCCUGCAACUCGUCCCCGGGUCCUUGGUGUACAAGAGAUGUCAAUAUACCUGGUAAAAUAAUGGUUAAUAAACUGUAUUCAGCAUGACAGCCCCAUAAAAUCAUAUUUUGUAUUUUCCCGAAUUCUGUUUUCUCUGUUUUUUAUUUGUCCUGGUUUUGCCUCCGUUUUGUACAAAUGUAGAUUUUUGAGUGUAUUUCCCCUUUAAUUGUGCAUCUAGCGAGAGAGGAAUGUGUCAACCUAGCGAUGCUUCUGUUAAGCCUACUGCAGCACAUGUCAUGGCAGAGUUUGUAAAACAAUGGCCACCCAAUUCAUACAAAUAAUCAUGAUAUAGUUCUGUCAGCUAAGCCUACUUUGCGGUUAAUAUUUAAUUGAGAAGGUUUUUGGGGAAAGUCUUUCUGUCUACCCACAAGGUCAUCAUUAGCAUCGCUAACUGGCUACAUGGAUUGUUAAACAAACACGCGCACCAGACAGACAGGGGGCAAUAUUGCUGGAAAUGUAUUGACAGAUAUUGUGUUACGUUUGGAUUUUGAAGCCAGUAGUGGCUAACCAGGGGUGGGAUAAUGUCAAUGCGGCUUUGAUUGGAUGGUAGCCUGGAGCUUUAUGUUUAUGACAGUUUGCGAUGGAACCAAUGAACAGUGGUGGAAAAAGUACCCAAUUGUCAUACUUGAGUAAAAGUAAAGAUACGUUAAUAGAAAAUGACUCAAGUAAAAGUGAAAGUCACCAAGUAAAAUACUACUUGAGUUUUAAAUAUACUUAAGUAUCAAAAGUAAAUGUAAUUGAUAAAAUGCACUUAAGUAUCAAAGUAAAUGUAAUUGAUAAAAUGCACUUAAGUAUCAAAAGUAAAAGUAUAAAUCAUUUCAAAUUCCUUAUAUUAAGCAAACCAGACAGCACCAUUUUCUUUCUUUAUUUUUUUUACGGAUAGCCAGAGGACACACUCCAACACUCAGACAUAAUUGACAAACAAAGUAUUUGUGUUUAGUGAGUCCGCUAGAUCAGAGGCUGUAGAUGCCAGGGUUGUUCUCUUGAUAAGUGCAUGAAUUGGACCAUUUUCCUGUCCUGCUAUGCAUUCAAAAUGUAACUAGUACUUUUGGGUGUCAGGGAAAAUGUAUGGAGUAAAAAGUACAUUCUUUUCUUUAGGAAUGUAGUGAAGUAAAAGUAAAAGUUGUCCAAAAAAAUAAAUAAUUGUAAAGUACAGAUACUAAAAAAAACUACUUAAGUAGUACUUGAAAGUAUUUUUACUUAAGUACUUUUAGAAUUACAUUGCAUGCUACUCAUAGGUGGGAUAUGAGCUACUGCAGACCCUGAACUAUAACCACUGUGAUUAUUAUUUCACCCUGCUGGUCAUCUAUGAACGUCUCAACAUCUUCAAGAACAAUCUGGCCUUAAUGGCCUUGUACUCUUAUAAUCUCCACCCAGCACAGCCAGAAGGGGACUGGCCACCCCUCAGAGCCUGGUUCCUCUCUAGGUUUCUUCCUAGGUUCCUACCUUUCUAGGGAGUUUUUCCUAGCCACCGUGCUUCUACAUCUGCAUUGCUUGCUGUUUGGGGUUUUAGACUGGGUUUCUGUAUAGCACUUUGUGACAUCUGCUGAUGUAAAAAGGGCUUUAUAAAUAAAUGUGAUUGAUUGGUUGGUAUGUCUUGUUAUUUCAUGGUUUUAAUCACUACAACUACAGCUUUAAAAAAUAAAAUAAAAUGGAAUGAUUUUGUAGGCCAUUGUGAAUGUGAUGUUAUGUUGAGUGUCUGGUUCUAUAUGAUUGUUGUGUGUGUGUGUGUGUAGUUGUAUCUGAUUUUGUGUAUGUUAUUUUGGUGUGUGUGUGUGUGAUUGUAUGUGAUGUUGUGAUUGUUGUGUCUGGUUGUAUAUGAUUGUUGUGUGUGUUAUUUUGGUGUGUGAUUGAUUGAUUGAUUGAUUGUGAUUUAAUAUUGUAGACAAGGAUGAGCAGCAGUGUCGCCAGCUGAUGGCCGGUCUGGACAAGGUGACCAGUGAUCUGGACAAACAGGAGAAGGCCAUCUACGCUCGAGUACGCCCCCCGCUGGAGCACACCAGGCCACUGCAGGACAGCGCUGACCGCCUGCAGGACAUGAAGGUAGUUCAGCGUUUUUCUCUUUCUCUGCACAGAGGGUGUACAGAGGUAGAGAUGCUUUUCUUACUCUCCUCUUCUCCUGUCUGCCUCUGGCACUAUUUAGACUAGAAUCCUUUCGAUAAAGUUUUCAAAACCAUUUAAUCCUACCAAAGAAAGUUUGACAGGUUUAAUGCAGGAAGUACUAUUAGUAGUUCCAGGAAGUCUACACUGUGUUAUACUUAUCCCAUUUUCUUCCACCAGGACAUUGCGGCCGUGGUUCGUAAGAUCGAGCCGGAGAAGUCGUCCAAGGUGAGGGAGGCUGAGAAGUUCCUGACCUCUAACCCUAAAUGUGCCAGCGCCCCUCAGCUGAACGGCAAGGUGAACGAGGCCAACAAUAAAUAUGACAAGAUCAACCUGCUGCUCAAGUGCUCAGAGGACAAGUAAGUAGCUUUUUACUUGACUUGUAGUAGUUAGAGAAAAGGUCCUCCUUGUUACUUUAUACUUUGUAUAAGAGAGUUUUCCUGUUUUACUAAGAUGACAAACCUGUAGGCUACUAUUACACAAUAUUUAAACUCAUUUAAGUGUCACAUGAAUCAAAUAGAAUGGAAUCAUAUCAUGUGUUUGUUUACAGGCUUCAGAAUUCCAACCGCCUGGAGAACUCCCUUCAAAACGGGAAAACUUUAUUGUCCAGCUAUGAGAACAAGCUGGCCAGGGAGGAAGUCGCCCCAGCAGACAUCUCGUCUCUGGAGAUGACACAGCGCCAACUGGCUGUAAGAUGGCUGUCCUUCUAUCUCUUGUUUAUUCUAAUCAGGAUUCAUAUUUAGAUCCUCUCCACAAAGGAAAUGUAUUGUAUUUUUACAGUUCAGAUACAAAGACCGAAGCAAAUUUGCUAAUGACAUAGAGUAAAAAUGCAUGAUGAACUGGAAGAUCUGAGCUACAUACCAUAUCUCAAGUUUAUCCUAGUUGGGGCAGAAUUUCUCCAUACACACAAUUCAACCUCACUUCCUCUCCUGACAGGAUAUUGCAUCAGAGCUGAAGACCAAGAGGUCCGCGGUGACGGAGACGGAGGCUAACCUGCGUGCGGCCAAAGGCAGCUGUGACACCAUGGCAACCAAGCUGCAGGAGCACUGCCCUGACAUCGAGAGGCAGGAGGGCGAGGUUCAGAAGCUGAACAAACGCUACGACAACCUCAACAGGCAGAUCGACACCAGGUAAAGGGACUGACAUAACUUUCAAAUCAAUUCAAAUCUAAUUCUAUUAGUUGCGUACACAUAUUUAGCAGAUGUUAUCGUGGGUGUAGUGAAAUGCUUGUGUUCCUAGCGCCAACAGUACACUAAUAACAAUGCAAAUCAAAAAAAUACAAAUGAAAGGAAUAUAGAAAUAUUAGAAUGAGCAAUGUCAGACUCCGGAAUAUAAAUAUAUAUGUAUAUGAUGGUGUGUAUAGACAUUAUGGACAGUAUAUGGAUAGAAAAGGCGUGUACAGCAGUAGGCCUUGACUAGAAUACAGUAAAUAGAUAUGAAGUGUGUAAAACAGUAUGUAAACAUUAUUAAAGUGACGAGUCUUCAAUGAUUAUGUACCAUACAUAGGGCAGCAGUCUCUAAGGUGCUGUUGAACACUGUGGCUGCGUUCCGAUUUUCUACCCUUCUCUAGAACUCAAAAUCAUUGGAUUGGUGCAAGUAUGACUGGAGGGAGUUUCCAUUUCCAACAUAUUUCUUACACCAGUCAAUUUAAUUUUAAAUCCAUAAGGGGAAGUGUACAAGUGCACACUUCGGGAGAAGGGUAGAGAAUCGGAAUGUGACCUUUGACUCUUUUAAGAGCACAGCUCAUCCACACAUUAUAUUUGUGAGGUGAGAGGACUGAUUCAUCGCCCUUUACUACUGGUAAAAAAAGAAGGUUGAAGCCAAGAACAAGACUCAUCAUAGCCGGUCCUGUAUUGUGGUUUUACUAUAAUAGACGUCACUUGACAUUGUGUUGUGGAAUGUUAUAUUCACGUUGUGGUAUGUUACAUUCACGUUGUGUUGUGGGUAUGUUACAGAACUCAGAGCCUGCAGAGGGCUAAGAUGUCGUACAACAACUACCGCAGUGAUUACGACAACCUGAACAGCUGGCUGUCCCGCGUGCCAAACUAUGAGCCAACUGAGAAGGACAACCUCAGUCAGGUGGAAACCAAGCUGGUAAACCAGAAGGUAAGUGGUUGAGGAUGGAAUAGGGUGAAGUUACCCCUAGACGCUGAUUUCUGAUUUUCCCACUAAUGGUUAAUGUUAGGAUUGGGGAGGGGAAGGUGAUUUUAGAUCUGUACCUAGGGGAAACGUCACCCCGGCGCGGUUGAGGAUAGUCAGGUGUUCCGAAUUUUGCAACCCUGUCCUGGACUAAAAACAUUUUCAGCUGAGAGGUUCCAGUCAGUUUUCUAGUUGUAAUGUAAAUAGUACUCUUUUGAUCCAAAGAAUUAGACUCUAGUCCUCUACCUCUAAUGGUCCUGUUAUGUUUCUCGGUCUAAAAUGUUGAUUGCCGUGUUGUUGUUUUCACAGAACCUGCUCUCCGACAUUAAAAAGAAGGAGUCUGACUUGAACAACGUAUCAAAAAAUGCCCAACUUUACCAGCAAGCCGUCAAGGUAGGGGAAUGAACACUGAUAGACACAUCCAUUCUGAUUAACUACUGCGAGGAGAAAUGUUUACAAUUUGAAGUAACUAUUUCUCUCAUCUCUCUCUCUUUCUUCCUCUCAAUUAUAAUUGAUUUUACUAAUUUGUCUGUGUUUGCAGGAAUAUGAGAAUGAUACUGAAAUGUUCAAGUCUAUUCUGGACCUUGAAGACGGGCUGGUCCCUCAGACCUACAAGAGAAGCAGACUGGAGUCCCCUGCACUCAGGGUCAAGGAAGAGGUAAGGAAGACUGCGGCCCAAAUGGCACCCGUUUCACUAUUUAGUGCACUACUUUUUGGACUCUGGUCAUAAGGCCCUGGUCAAAAGUAGUGCACUAGAUAGGGAAUAGGGUGCAUGGGUCCUGGUCAAAAGUAGUGCACUAGAUAUGGAAUAGGGUGCCAUUUGAGAGACAGCCCUUGACUAUAACCUUAAUGCAUAUUACAUGUUGUAAUGUGAUCCAAUUUGUAAGUCGCUCUGGAUAAGAGUGUCUGCUAAAUGAUGUAAAUGUAAAUGUAUACAUUUUGAUACAUUUUCAGGAAGACUUUUGAACGAUAUCUUCCAAUUAACAUUCUGGAAAUGCCCCUGGUUUCAUGCAUUUCAUAAUUUCCUUGUUUACAGGAAUCUGCCAUUGAAGCGAAAUUCACCGAAGUGAAUGCAGUUAACAAGCAAAGGCUGGCGAAUCUGCAGUUUGCCCAAGGCCUUAUGAAUCAGGUGCUCCUGAAUGUUCAACAAUCAAUGUUGCACAUCUUUAUAAAGAUCGAAAAUUAAUUGAAAUGUCACAUAAUUCUAAAUAAACAUCAUAGCCAUUACUUCUAAAAAAUAACCCCAGCCUCUUCUCCCUCUCUCAGCAAUCAGACGUGAUCGUCUGCAACAAUGUCCAGCAAGUCAAAUCUGCCGCUCCCGGAGAAGAAGCCUGGAGGAUCGAGAGUCAACUGAAAGGACGAGAUCCAGAGGAGGGAGCAGCUGGAGAAGGAUCUAGAGAAAAUCCAGACAGACAUCUACAUGUUGGAGGGCCAGAAGCCGGAGGACACCGUCGUCAAGAAGGAGAUCAUCAAGAAGGUUCCGGAUCCUACUCUGGUCGACGAGGUCCACAAUGUCCGUCAGAAGCUGUCGGACGAAACCCGGGCCACCCGGGCCAUGGACAACGAGCUGGAGGCACUGAGGCUGAAGCUGCGCGGCAUCGAAACAGAGAUCAAAGAAGGAGCACAGCAGUACACCGUGAAGGAGGUGCUGCGUAUCGAGAGGGACCGCGGCCAGGAGGAAGAGGUGAGGAGGCUCAGGGAGGAGCUGGAGGAGCUGAGGAGGAAGAAGACCAUCAAGGACAAUGAGGUGGUCCAGAUCACGAAGCAGGUGACGCUCCUGGCGCAGCAGAAGUCCAAGGAGCAGGAGGUGAUCACAGAGGAGGAGGUGAUUAAAGUGCAGAACGACCCGCAGCUGGAGAGCGAGUACCGCAUCCUCCUGGACAGGAAGCAGAAGGAGCAGGAGAACAGGAAGCAACUGGAGGACGAGCUGCGCUUCCUCCAGGACAAGCUCCGCAGGCUGGAGAAGGAGAAGUCCAUGGCCGAGGAGAAGAUCUCCAUCAAGGAGGUGCUGAAGGUGGAGAAGGAUAUCGCCUUCGAGAGGGAGGUAGAGAACCUCAGGAGGCAGCACGAGGAUGAGAAGGCCAAGCACCGGUCUUCCCAAAGGGAGCGCGCCGACCUCCAGAGGAAGAUCUCCAGCCUGGAGGAGGAAAAGUCAAGGGUCAUAGUUCAGGAGAAGGUGAGGGAGAUCGUCAGGCCCGACCCCAAGGCUGAGGCUGAAGUGGCCAACCUGCGCAUGGAACUGGUAGAGCACCAGAGGAGGUACAGAGACGCCGACCAGCAGCUGAAGUCCCACCAGGACGAGCUGAAGAUGCUGAGAAACAGAGGUCCACAGAUCGAGGUCAAGGAGAUCAUCAAGGAAGUCAUCAAGUACAAGACGGACCCGCAGACCGAGAGGGAGCUGGAGAAGCUCCGCAACGAGAUUGUGGACAAGACGCACCAGACGGAGAAGUCAGAGAUGGAGAUCAGGCAGCUGAGGGACGAGAUUCAGCGGUGGAAGGACACCAAGCCCCAGGUGCAAAUUAAAGAGGUGGUUAACGAGGUGCUGGAGUACAAAGAAAACCCCAAGACCAAGGAGGAGAUUGAAAUACUGAAGAGGAAGCUGGCGGACGAGCAGAAGAAACGCCUGGACCUGGAGAGGGAGCGAUCAGCUAAUGAGGAGAAGAUCCGGCUAAGGAAGAUCGACCUGUCCCAGGUCAGGGAGAAGUUGGUCCAGCAGGAGGUGGUUAAGAUGGAGGAGGACCCAUUACUGAGGUCAGAGUGCAACACCUUCACGCAGAACAUCAACAAUGAACAGAGGCAGAGGGAGACCCUGAAAGUGGAGCUUUACCAACUUCAGAGGCAGAAGGCCGACCUGGACGCACAGCUGGAGGAGCUGGAGCGAGAACGUCGGGCUAGGCGCGAUGCAGAGCUGGAGAUCCAGAGGCUGAGGGUCAGGCUGAAUGAGAUGGAGGUCAUGGACAAGGAGAACAGGGAGAGGGUCACAGUGAAACAGAUGGUGGUUCUCCAGCAGGACCCCCAGCAAGAGAAAGAGCACUCCAUCCUCAAGCUGCAGGUGGAGGAGGAGAGACACAAGCGUACCCUGCUGGAGAAGGAGCUGAAUGUCCUGCUCCAGCAGCAGGUCACCCUGGAGAGGAUUGAGGUGAAGGAGAAGGUGGUGCGCACCGAGACCAUCCAGGUGGAGAAGGACCCUGAGGCCGAGAUGGAGAUCGAGAAGAUGACGAGGACGCUGGACCAGGAGAAGAGGAGGAGGCUGGAGCUGGACCAGGAGCUGGGCAGCCUCAAGUCCCGCCUGUCCGACAUGGAGUUUACCAACACCAAGUCGUCCAAGGAGCUGGACUACAUCCGCGACGAGAGCAGCCGCCUCCAGCAGGAGAACCAGAGGCUACAGAACGACAUCCGCAGGCUGCAGUCCGAGAUCCAGAUCACCUCCACGGAGACCCGGAGCAUCUCCAACUCGGCCCCCAUGGAGAACGGGAAGAACCUGGAGCUGAGGCUGGACUCGCUGCAGGGGGAGCUGGCCGAACUGAGGGCCAUCACCAGGCAGAAGGAUGAGGAGAUCGAGAAGCUGCAGAAGGGCCUGGCGGCGAUCCAGAUCAAGAGGGAGCAGAGGGAGAGUCACCUGAGGAGAUCCAUCGUGGUCAUCGACCCCGACUCGGGCAAGGAGAUGCGGCCGGAGGAGGCCUACAAGCUGGGACUGAUUGACUGGAAGAUGUUUGUGAACCUCCAGAGCCAGGAGUGCGACUGGGAGGAGAUCAGCAUCAAGGGCCCCAAGGGGGAGUCCUCUGUUCUCCACGACAGGAAGUCUGGGAAAAAGUUCUCCAUUGAAGACGCCCUGAAGGCUGGGAAUAUCACCACCCACCAGCUGCAGCAGUACCAUAACAAAGAGAUCACCAUACAGGAGUUCGGGGUCAUGGUGUCGGGAAAGACCAAGUGA